GAGCAAGCACAGACUUAGGUAGUUAACGGCAAUUGCAGUUGGACAGCUAUUGAGGUGAUAUUUUAGUUUUUCAUAUCAUAACUGAACUCCGAUCACAAAAGUAAGUGAUUUUUUGAAAGCUAAUAUAGAAACCAACGCCUGUCAUGAAUCCAACAUGCUAGCACUAAAGGGCUCAAUUGCUAUUCUACCCAUUGCAGUCAUUGCGAUAGCGACUACUGAAAGAUGCGAACGGACAAAAAUCGGCAACGAAUAUUACAAGAGGCAACUCAUAGCGACUAUAGAUGGCUACGCUAGUGGAAUCACCAUCGACCCAAGAACGGAGAACAUAUUUUUUAUGCUUCAUAAAAGGAAUUAUACAAAAGGUAUCCAUCUUCUAAAACACGGUUCUCUCGGCAUCAGGGAACUGCCCGUAUCAGACGAGUUGGUCGGCCAGUGCGUUGGCGUGGAUGCCGCCAACAACGUCAUUUACAUUGGCACCAACCAAGGUCUCUUAACCUAUGAUUAUUCGAGAACUGAAAUCAGCGCUGAAAGACCUAUAGGUGACGACGAUGUCCGAAGCAUAUUCAUUGAUAAAACCGACAACCAAAUGUACAUAACAACGGGAUCUAACCACGAGAUAUUCAAGUUUAUAAACGGAUCAGCAGCUAUCAAACGUUACGAGAAAAUACCGAAAGCAUACAGCUUCGUUUUUGACAAGAGAGGAGACGCAUUCUACGAAUACGUAGAUGGGAGGUUAUAUUUCUUUUCUACAGACUUCUAUGAACCAAUUCAAUAUAAAGGAUUCACUAGAGAACUUAAGUUUAUACUACGGUUAAAUAAUAACGAUGAAGCCAUAGUAGCUGUUAAGGGAUCGCUAUUUAAACUGUCAACUAAUAGCAUUUUACCAGUUAAAAUUGGUCAGUUGGGCUUCAAAAUAACUGGGAUGGCUUUCGAUCAUAGGAAUAACGUUAUAAUUGGUACUAAAGGAAAGAUUUAUAGAUAUAAACCGAUCGAUUCGAAUGAUCCGUGCCCUCCUGAUGAUUAUUUUAUGACUAGUAUUUAAGCCAGUUGGGCAUAGGUACCUAUAUUUAAGUAUGUUUUAACUU